GAAACUGGCAGGAUGCACUCUCUUCAUCACAGGCGCAAGCCGGGGCAUUGGCAAAGCCAUUGCUUUGAAAGCUGCCAAGGAUGGUGCGAACAUCGUGAUAGCUGCUAAGACAGCUGAGCCCCAUCCUACUCUUCCAGGGACGAUCUACACUGCUGCAGCAGAGAUUGAAGCAGCUGGAGGAAAGGCUUUGCCAUGCAUUGUUAAUGUGAGGGAAGAACAGCAAAUUAUUCAUGCCGUGGAGAAAGCUGUGAAGACUUUUGGAGGGAUUGAUAUUUUGGUGAACAAUGCAAGCGCCAUCUCUUUGACUGGCACUUUGGAAACAGAAACGAAGAAGGUCAAUCUUAUGAUGGAUGUCAAUGUACGAGGAACCUACCUUACGUCUAAAACAUGCCUUCCCCACUUGAGAAAGAGUAGGAACGCCCAUAUCCUGAACCUCAGCCCACCUAUGAACCUGAAUCCCAUGUGGUUCAAAAACCAUUGUGCUUAUACCAUUUCUAAAUAUGGGAUGUCCAUGUGUGUCUUGGGAAUGGCAGAAGAAUUCAGAGGAGAAGUUGCUGUCAAUGCUUUAUGGCCUAAAACAGCCAUACAUACAGCUGCGAUGGAUAUGCUGGGAGGAUCUGGAAUAGAAAAACAGUGCAGGAAAACAGACAUCCUUGCAGAUGCUGCAUAUUGCAUUUUAACAAAACCAAAAAGUUUCACUGGCAACUUUGUUAUUGACGAAGUUCUGCUGAGAGAAGAAGGAGUUAAGGAUUUUGAUGUCUAUGCAAUUGCACCAGGUCACCCCCUGAUGCCUGACUUCUUCUUGGAUGUUGAAACUGACAUGACAGCUGUGAAACAAGAAAGAUACGGUGCUUCCCAGGCAUUCAAAGAGGAGAAGAAAUUGAGCGGAUCCCAGCACGAAGAACCAAGUGGAGCUGGGGGCAGCACAGGAUCUGCUCCAGCCAAGCCACUGAGUCCUGUUGCAGAAACAUUCAGAGUCAUUCAGGGGGCAAUGAGUGAAGAGUACGUGAGAACGACGCAGGGUGUCUUCCAGUUUGAAUUAUCUGGUGAUGACGGAGGCACUUGGUAUAUUGACCUGAAAACCAAGGGUGGGAGCACUGGGUUCGGAAAGCCUCCUGUGACAGCUGACGUGGUCAUGAGCAUGUCAAGUGCCGACUUUGUGAAAAUGUUCACAGGUAAACUGAAGCCAACCAUGGCCUUCAUGUCAGGGAAAUUAAGGAUUAAAGGUAACAUGGCGCUAGCAAUAAAGCUGGAGAAGAUGCUGACACAGCUUAACUCUAAACUGUGA